GUAAUAUUUGAAGUUGCUUUCAAUAGCGCCAAGGGAGGUUAUGUUGCCCUUGAUGACAUUUCUUUCUCUCCAGUUUACUGCAGCAAUCAGACAGGGACUCCUUUCAAUCCUGCUGAGGCCGGCUGCAAUUUUGAGGAAGAUCUGUGUAAUUUUUACCAAGAUCACAAAGACGGCCCAGGAUGGAGCAGAGUGAAAGUAAAGCGUAACGUGUAUAGAGCAGGAGAUCACACUACUGGGUUUGGUUAUUACUUGUUGGCAAACACGAAGUUUACAUCAGAACCUGGGUACAUUGGACGUCUGUAUGGCCCGACCCUGCCAGGAAACUUGCAGUUUUGUCUGCGUUUUUAUUAUGCCUUAUAUGGGUUUUUCAAAAUGAGUGGUACUCUUGCUGUUUAUAUCUUUGAGGAGAAUCAUGUCGUUCAAGAGAAAAUCUGGUCCGUCUUGGACACUCCAAAGGGAGUUUGGACUCAAGCUGAAAUCUCCUUCAAAAAGCCUAUGCCUUGCAAGGUUGUCUUUGUCAGCUGGUGUAAAAGCUUCUGGGACUGUGGACUUGUGGCACUGGAUGAUGUAUCAUUGAGCCUGGGAAGCUGCCAGGCUGCUGAUCUAUUCCUGCCCAAUCCUGGAGAGUGUACUUUUGAAAAAGAUGAGUGUGUGUUUACCCAAAAGAAGAGAGGUCGUGGGAGUUGGCACCGGAGGAGGGGUCCAACUCCCACUUCUUACACCGGACCGAAAGGAGACCACACUACUGGGGUAGGAUACUACAUGUAUAUAGAGGCAUCCAACAUGGUCUAUGGACAGAGAGCAUACCUAGUUUCAAGAUCACUAAGAGGAGCCUCUGGAAAACAGUGCUUGACAUUUUUCUAUCACAUGUAUGGAGCUGGGACUGGAUUAUUAAGUGUUUAUCUAAAAAAGGAAGGUGAUGAUGAAGAGAUUCCUUUGUGGAGGAGGACAGGGGAACAAAGCAUCUCAUGGCUAAGGGGACUAAUAGAAUAUGAAAGUGAUAGAAACUACCAGAUUAUUUUUGAGGCGAUCCGCGGUGUGUCAAUGAGAAGUGACACUGCUAUUGAUGAUAUUCUGUUCCAGGCAGGACCCUGCUUAGAAGUGGAAGAAAUUCAAUUCUCAUCGGGCUAUCCUGACAGCUUAAACGAAAUUGAGUAUUAAAUACAGUCUGCUGAAAGGGGAGAAGUGCGUAGAAGAUUUGUAUCUGAGAGACUGCACAAACUGCCUAUUUUAAAAUACGUUUUAAGUAAAUGCUGGACUGGUUUGAAUAUGCACCAAUGUAUAGGAAGAACUCAGAGCACUCAUGUUCCUCGCCUUUGCAAUAAAAUUAUUGACUCAGGGCUUCUUAGACUUUUUUUUUUUAAUAUUUUUUUCUGUUUUGCAUGAGGUAUCAGUUAUUAUAUAAAGGCUUCCCAUUUUGCACAGAUAAUUCAUUUUAAUGCCUUUUUUUUUUUUUAACCUUUCUGCUAUAUAGGUAAAAAGAGGAAAGUAAAGGUACACAAUUAAAAUUCAAUAUUGUGUUAUCUUAAAUCUGCAUUCAGUGAAUGUUUUUUGUUGGGUACAGAUGGAUGUUUGUUAAGGAAAUUAUAAAUAUUUUGAAAUAAUAAAGAAAAUAGUAUUAGCUACUAGUAA